CACUUAGCCUGACCGGAACCCUGCUGAGCAGACGCAGCGUGUCCCCGGGUUGGGUGUUGGCAGCACCCAGGGCUGCGGAGGCUACGGGAACCUCUGAACGACACCCUUGGACCGAGACUUGGGAUGAUCAGGUAGUGCAGGCCCCGUGCCUUCGGUCGCUGAACUCGCGUUGAGCCUCCCGCAACGCCACAGCGAUCUGCAUAAUCCUCUGGGUGGGCCUUGCACUUUCUCUAGACCGAGUGAUUACCGCGAGUCAGGCCGCAAAGACACUGUAGUAGAAUGAGGACUGGACUGAAUCAGGAAUCAGCCAACCACGGUUAGCGUCCCAGGCCUCGACUCCAGUCUUCUCUCUGGGACGCCUUCUAAGGGUAUCAGAAAACCAGACAGGGACGAGGGUUCCAAAGACGCAAAGGUUUCCACGGGGUUAAGUGUUGCAGAAAGGCGAAAGACGACGAGGAGUUUAUAAUCCGAAGUAAGAAUUCUCCAGCCUUUCGUGCUGGUGUAUAGGAACACAUGACCCACGUUUCGUAUAAUCUCCAUCCGUGUACAUCAGACUGGCGUAAUGUGAUCAAUAAUGUUUUCUGCUUUUUCCCACUCUAGUUGACUGAUGACACAAGGAGUGACUCCAAAUUUGCGUAUACUGGAACUGAAAUACGCACAGUUGCUGAAAAGGUUGACACCGUCAGAAUUGUCCACAUUCACUCUGUCAUCAUCUUGCGACGUUCGGACAAGAGGAAGGACCGAGUGGAAAUUUCUCCAGAGCAGCUGUCUGCAGCCUCCACAGAGGCAGAGGUUGGCCGAACUAACGGGUCGUCCCAUGAGAGUUGUGGGCUGGUAUCAUUCCCAUCCUCAUAUAACUGUUUGGCCUUCACAUGUUGAUGUUCGCACACAAGCCAUGUACCAGAUGAUGGAUCAAGGCUUUGUAGGACUUAUUUUUUCCUGUUUCAUAGAAGAUAAAAACACAAAGACUGGCCGAGUACUCUACACUUGCUUUCAAUCUAUACAGGCCCAGAAGAGCUCAGAGUCCCCUCAUGGUCCACGAGACUUCUGGAGUUCCAGCCAGCACAUCUCCAUUGAGGGCCAGAAGGAAGAGGAAAGGUAUGAGAGGAUUGAAAUCCCCAUCCAUAUUGUACCUCACGUAACCAUCGGGAAAGUGUGCCUGGAGUCAGCAGUCGAGCUGCCCAAGAUCCUGUGCCAAGAGGAGCAGGAUGCAUACAGGAGGAUCCACAGCCUGACACAUCUGGACUCAGUAACCAAGAUCCAUAAUGGCUCAGUGUUUACCAAGAAUCUGUGCAGCCAAAUGUCAGCGGUCAGCGGGCCUCUCCUGCAGUGGCUGGAGGACAGGCUGGAGCAGAACCAGCAGCACCUGCAGGAGUUGCAGCAAGAGAAGGAGGAGCUGAUGCAAGAGCUUUCUUCUCUAGAGUAGUUGGCUUCUUCAGUUUGCGUAGAAAAAUGAACAUAUCCAGGUAUAAAAUUAAUUAAGCUAAAUUGAUUUUGAAGAAGUUGGAGGACUCACAUCACCUGACUUCAAGACUUACUACAAAGCUACAGUAAUCAAGACAGUGUGGUUUAUGCUCAACUGAUUUGGACAGAGGUGUAAAAGCGUUUCAGUGGAGUAAUGAUAGACAGUAUUUUCAACAAAUUAUGCUGGAGUAAUUGAUACCCAUAGUCAAAAGAAAAAAUGAACUUUGACCUAAACUGCACACCUUAGACAGAAAUUAACUCAAAAUAUAUCAUGGACUUACAUGUAAGAUGUAAAACUAUAAAACUUUUAGGAAAAAAAUCAUAGAAAAAUCAUCAGGAUCUUGGGCUAGGCAACAAGCCCUUGACCUUCACUAUAAAAGCACAGCCCUAAAAGGAAAACAAUAUAGUAGACAUCAUCAAAAUGAAAAACUUUUGCUCUGUAAAAAAAUUAAGAGGAGGAAAUCAUGAAGAGAAAUUAUUUGCAAACCAUAUGUCUGAUUAAUCUAGACUACACAAAGUCAACAAUAAAAAAGCCAUCCAAUUGAAAUGAGCAAAAGACAUGAAUAGACAUUUCACUAAAGAGGAUAUAUGGAUGGGAAGUAAGCACAUGAAAAGAUGUUGAACUUCAGUAGUCAUCAGGGAAUGCGAAUUAAAACCACAAUGAAUUAUGAUGACAUAUGUAACAGAAUGGUAAAGAAAAAAAGAUAGUAAAAAUACUAGAUGCUGUUGAGAAUACAAACUGGAAUGAUGAAUGGUACAGCCACUCUAUAAAAGACUUUGGGAAUUUCUAAUAAAGUUAAACAUCCAAGUAUCAUACAACCCAGCAUUGCACUCCUGGACAUUUAUCCCAGAAAAAUGAGAAGCUAUGACGGAACAAAAAUUUGUACACAAAUGUGCUUAGCAGCUUAUUUGUAAGAGCUAAAAACUGGAACUAACCCAAAUAUCCUGCAAUUGAAUGACUAAUUAAACCAAACAUCUAUACCAUGAAAUACUACUUGGCAAUGAAGAGAAACAACUUGGAUACACCUUAAGGGUAUUAUGAUGAAUGAAAGGGCCAGUCUCAAAAGGUCACAUACUAUCUGAUUGCAUUCUUGAGAUGACAAAAUUAUAGAAAUGAAGAUUGGAUUAAUGAUUGCCGGGGAUAGGGACUGGAGGGGGAAUGUGACUAUAAAGGGAUAAUACAGGAUGUUCCUUUGUGCUGAUGGAAUAGUUCUGUCUUGAUUAUGGUGUUGAAUACAUGAUCUGUGCUAAAACUACAUAGACCUCCACACACCCACAAAUGAAUGCAUGUGAAAUCUCGUGAAACUGAGUAAGGUCUGUGGUCAAGUUAGCAGUAUUGUGCCAUUGUCAAUGUCGGUUUUGAAGUUGCACAAUAGUAAUGUAAGAUCUUGCCACUGGGGGGGGGGGACUUGGUAAAGGAUACAUGGGACUCACUGUACUAUUUUUGCAACUUCCUGUAAAUCUAUAAUUACUACAAAAUAAAAAGUUAGACAUAUUAAAUAAGGAA